AUGUCUUCCGACGAGAUCGCUAUUAUCGGUGCUGGGCUCUGCGGCCUUGCCUUGGCUCUGUCGCUGCACCAGAAGUCCAUUCCCUGCACCAUCUACGAGGCACGUCCAGCCUCACUCAACAUUGGCGGAGCCAUCAUGCUCUCUCCCAACGCCCUGCGCAUCCUAGAUACGCUAGGUGUCUACUCACGCAUCGCCGACAAGGGCUACCACUUCGACCUGCUCUACUUCCGCUCGCCGGACGACAAGCCGCUCGACACAUACGAGUUCGGUAACAAGGAACGCUACGGCUACCACGGCCUGCGCAUUUACCGCCACGUCCUCAUCGACGAGCUCUUGGCCAUGUGUGCAGAGAGACAGAUCCCAAUCCAUUACAACCGCAAGUUCAUCCGUGUCGUCCGCGAGACCGCAUCCGAGGUCACCUGGGAGUUCGACGACGGCAGCGAGCAGACGGGCCGGCUGCUCGUCGGCGCGGACGGCAUCCACUCGCGCGUGCGGCGAUACCUCUAUCCCGACCUGGAGCCGACGUUCACCAACGCGAUCGGGGUGACGGCCGCGGUGCCCAUGUCCCACCUCACAGUGCCGGACGGGUACAAGAUGCCCGUGACGAUCAUCAACCCGACGCACGGCGCGUUCGUGAUCGCCCCGCAACAGCCCGAUGCCUCCGAAGUACUGAUCGGCCGCCAGAAACGGCUGGUCGACCAGGCCAGCCGCGCGGAAUGGGCCAAUCUCAUGAACAACAAGGACUGGUGUAUUGAGUUCCUGCGCGACGGGGCCGCCGACUUCCCCCCCAUCGUCCAGACCGCCGUCGCCGACAUCCCCCGCGACCACAUCAACCUGUGGCCCUUCUACGUCGUGCCCGCCCUGCCGCACUGGAUGUCCGUCGAGCACCACUGCCGCGUCGUCGUCCUCGGCGACGCCGCCCAUGCCAUCCCCCCAACCGCGGGGCAGGGUAUCAACCAGGGCUUCGAAGACGUCUACACCUUCGCCGCUGUCCUUGACCGGACCGCCCGCUCUGAUAAGAAGGCCCUCCCGCGCACCCUGCUGCUCUGGCAGUCUGCCCGCCAGGCCCGCAUCGACCGCGUCCUCGACCUCAACCGCCAGAUCGACGCCCGCCGUCUGCCGGAGUCUGAGGGCGGGGAUCCUGCCGCAGACCAAGCUCCCUUCGAUCAGCAGUGGUUGUUCGAGCCAGACUUUGACCAGAUGGUCGACGAGUGGUUCACUCAGCUGUAG